AAAUAUAUUAUUCUAAGGAAAUUAGUAAAUGCAUAAUGUCGAUCUUUUUUUUCACUAAUUGAUUUGCUUGAUAUGCGCACCGACUAUUAAGACUGCUUGGGUGAAAACAAAGGUAGAAUAAUUGUCAUCGGUAUCCAUAAAAAAUGGAUACUUUGAAAGAUGUCCCAGAGUUCUUUGAAACACAACUUGAUGAGUCUUUGGUUGCCAGGACUGAAAGUUUAGCUUCUUUUCGUGAACUUGGUCCCCCUGACCUAUGUCAUAUUACUAAGGCUAAUGCAAAACCUGGUGUAAAAGAGGUUGGUUCAUACCACUAUGUUUCUGGAGUUGAUGCUUCUUCUUCUGCCACUUUAGCAGCAUAUCUUAAUUCAUUGACAUACGCUUUGGAAGAAACCCAUGCUUGGUUUACUAAAUCGUCUGCUUGGAGAAUACGUUCUGGAGUGUACUGUUGUUUUAAUGCAUUUUCACGAGUGGAUGUACGUGUUGAAGUCAAGAUCCCUGGUGGCGUGGAAAGUUAUGUAAUGGAUUUACGUGGUGAAAAACAUGAAGCAACUCCUGAUAUUUGGCAAGAAACCUAUAUUUCUGCUCUUUUACGUUCCAUACUUUAUUCAGACGAUGUCAAUUACCGAUUGGCUGGUUUUCGAAAAUUGGAUCCUAUCCCUAAUAUUGAAGCUGAAGCUCAUUUUUUGGAGGCGGCAGAACAACUUUUUUUUAAAGGAUGGCAACUUGGUUCUGAUCCUGAAAUACAAGUAGCCACCGUUGUCAGCAAUCAUUUAACUGCUGGAAUUAUGAAAUACUUUAGUGAAAAUUUUAGAUAUGAGCGAGCAGUAAAUUUAUUUGAAAAAUUGUAUCUUAGAGAUCCUGAAGUAGCAUCAUUAUUGGCUCAGGCAUAUAUUGGAAUGGAUGAAGAAAUCAAAUCUGUUAACAUUUUGUAUGGUGCAUUGAAACAAAACUCGAUGAGUUACGCACUUUUGCAUGUUCAGGCGGAUUUCCUGUUGAGCAAGGGUAGAACGGAUUAUGCACUCAAACUUGCAAAACAAGCAGUAAAUUGUGCACCUUCGGAAUUCGUUACCUGGGCAAAAUUAACGGAAGUUUACAUUGAAAUUGGAGAUUAUGAAUCUGCUUUGUUGACAUUGAAUUCUUGCCCAAUGUUUACUUACAAUGAGAGAGAUAUGCAUCGCAUGCCAUCACCAGCAAAGACACAUUUACCAAUCAAACAAGAUAUUGUUAAUGCAGGACUUCUUGAAGAAGAUAAUGGUCGUGAUAAUGAAGCGGAUGUUGCACUUUUACGUCUUCCUGCACCAUCUCUUCGCGGUACAUUUGCUAAGGCAUAUUCAUUGUUGACAAAGUUGGUAGCGAAAAUAGGAUGGGAUGAGCUUUUAAAGUGUCGAUCAUCUGUUUUUGUGAUGGAGGAAGAAUAUCGUAUGCAGAAAGCUGCAGAAGAAGAGAGGAAGAGCCAAAAAAUAGUCAAUACUUCACCACCUCAAGAAAAAGAAAUCAAGAGUGAGGAAGCUGCCAACGCGAAAACUAAUGGAGUAAAUGAUUUAUCACAGUCUGUACAGACUAUCUCUAUUUCUGAUGAUUUAGAUGGCGAUGGUUCGGAGAAUACGAAGGAAAAGGGAUCGGAAAAUGCUGAUGAAAAAGCUGUAUCAAACCAUGAAGUGACCAAUGGUCGAGACGAGAACGAUAACGAUGAAAAGAAAAACUCUAAUUUGAAAAUUGCAGAUGGACGUUCACUUAAUUCUGAAAAUAUGGAGGAAGUUGAUUUAGAUGACAAUCCAAAUAAUAAAUCUAAAACUACUUCAGUAAUAGAGUUCAAAGGCCCUGAAUUAGAAAAGCCUUUACAAGCAGCUAACGAGGACAAGAGCGAUAAUCAAAGUAUACAUAAUGAUGAUCAAUCUAAGGACACAUCAAAGAAAGACUAUUCCUUUUCAUUCAAUAACAAAAGAUUGUGCGAAAGGUGGCUUGAUAAUCUUUUUAUGGUAUUAUAUGAGGAUUUAAGAGUAUAUACUGUUUGGCGUUCUGAAGUUUCUCAUUAUAAGGCUCAUCACAUGUCUUAUCGUAAAACUGGUACAGAAUGGGAAAUUUUGGGAGAUUUAGCUGCACGAUUGCAUCACAAGGAUGAUGCAAAAGAGGCAUAUCAACGUUGUCUUGAACAUAAAUUCUCUGCGAAGGCAUGGUUAAGAUUAUUGGAAUUUUAUGCAGAUGAAGGAGAUGUGCAACGCGCUUUGCAAGCUGUGGUUAAAUUAACAGUUUAUUACGAGCGAUGGUAUCAUGAGAUAGUUUAUCCAACCGCUAUUGCUUAUAAUAUUAAUAAGUUAAUUCGAUCCGAAGGUUUAUCUAAAGUACAAAAUACCUUAAAGCCAAUGAAUUUGUCACCUCCGGUAAACAAAUUGGUAUCGAGGCAUCUGGAUUUUGCUAAAACUUUUAAAAUCCAUGGAUCAGAUUUUUAGUAUUUUAAUUAUAGAAUAAAAAUAAAAAGCUA